AUGCACAAACAUACCAAGCCUAUCGGCCAGCGCAAGGUCUCGCCGCCGGGCCCCAGCUAUAUGAACAAUGAUCAAAUGGCAAGUUAUUUGAAAGAUCUCCGAACAAACCGUCCAGCUCGACCAACGGGAUCGCGACCUUAUCCUGGCAAAUCCACCACGGCAUCAUCUCCCGAUCUUGAGGAGGGCCUCCCUCCUCGCGCGGCUUCUGCAUUCUCCAUGUACCGAACCUCCGGAAGCCCUCCGGACGCAGAACCUCGCUGCGGAAGCGCCAUGUCUCAUCGUCGCGCAAACUCCAACGCCGCCGAAGCUGGUCCGACCGGCCGCCCUCUAGCCCAAGAACCACGAUCAGUCUCGGUGCGAAAGAACGUGUUUCCCUCGCAGAUCUUCUCGCACCCCGUGGCUGCAUCGCCAGUCCCCUCUUAUCGGUCGUAUCGGGAAAGUAAACACAGACACCAGGAGAAGGAAGAAGCACGGGAGCUGCGCGACGUGCUGCAAGGGUUAGAUUUGGAAGAUGAUGUUCGAUUGCAUCAAGCAGCUCAGGAUGAGGCGACGGAGCUGGUGUGGAUGCAUCAAAAUCCUGGGAUGGCGUAUAAGAACCCACAUGCGCCUUAUCAUAACCCAGAUGCCGUGGGGAGAGACCCUUCGAUCCGAAGUCAGUCCCGGCAGAGCUCUGGAUCGAGAUCAUCACCGAUCAAGCACCGCCAUUCAAUUGCCUCGAGUGGUUCCUCGAGUGGACCUUCGAGUCCCGAGUUCGCAGACGCUGACUUAGUGUCAUCUACCCGGAGGCGCUCGUCUCUCGCCGGAACUUUGAAGAAGAACCUCAAGGUCAACUUUGCCUUGCCCGAAGAGAAAAAGCCCGCGCCUAAGCCCCGCACCGUGAGUGGUGAUUCCUCCAAAGGUGUCUUUCGAAACCCCGAGGACCACAUCUAUGAAGAACUGGAAGCGACCGAAACCCAACCCGACUUCUCCAAGUCUGACUCUUCAGCGCUGCGAAAUAAACCGCGCAACGCGCUCCCCAGACUCGGCAAACCGCUGCCCUGGUUACAGGGCCGGAAUACCAAUGGUUCCGUGCGCGACAAGAUCUCCAAGUUCGACAUCCACAAGAACCCGCCCAGCCAGUCCCGUAAUCCAGGGUAUACACAGAAUGAGCCUGUGGCGCCGUCGCCUCCUAGAAAGGAUGAAGAGCCUGUUCCCAUGAAGGAUGGGAAGGAAAUCCGCAGCGAUGAUAUCCGGGCUGCUACCAGCAAAAAGCUCAAGGACCGCAGUGAGAACCUGCCCAUGCCUUCUGCAGUCAGUGACCGCGUUGGACGGCCCAUCGUGAGCUUUGAUCGGAAAUGGCAACCGAGUGACCUGCCCAAGCCCAAGCCGCAGCCGCCAACAGCCGCACCUCCAGUGCCUACCAUAGCUCCCAGUAUUGAGAUCUCUGAGCCACAGGCUGCUCCCCCUCCAAUCCCGGUCAUCAAUAUCCCCGAUAUCAAGGAACCAACAAUAUCCGAGAUGACCGAGCCGGUCCAACACCAAGGCAAACCAGCGAGAUCAAUGACCCAGCCCGCAGGUAAUCAGGGCCGCCCGGCGCCUGUGAAAAGACACCCGUCAGAACCACAACGCAAUGCGUAUACUCCGUAUACUCGAUCCGGGGUCCCAACAGCACGCUGCGAGUCCUGUUCCCUCUCUAUCUCCGGCAAGAUCGUCACCGCUGGAGGCUGCCGAUUCCACCCUGAAUGCUUCAUCUGCCACCACUGCCACACUGCCCUGGAGUGUGUUGCGUUUUACGAGGAGCCCGAAGCGUCCCGGGCUGAGAGACUGGCGCAUAACCCAGACGAAGAGGCGCGUAUCCCGCGCUUCUACUGCCACUUGGAUUUCCACGAGCUCUUUAGUCCCCGCUGCAAGAGCUGCAAGACCCCCAUCGAGGGCGAAGUCGUCGUUGCAUGUGGCGCAGAAUGGCACGUGGGCCACUUUUUCUGCGCCGAAUGUGGUGAUCCCUUCAACUCGACGACUCCGUUUGUCGAGAAAGAUGGUUUUGCAUGGUGUCUGCAAUGCCACGGCCGUCGUACUGCGCCCCGCUGUCUAGGCUGCAAGCAGCAUGUCCUUGACGACCUGGUCAUUACCGCUAUCGGUGGACAAUGGCACGAGCGCUGCUUUGUCUGCCACGAGUGUGGUGACGGGUUCGGACCCGAGGGCCGUUUCUUUGUUCGUGAGGGUGAACCGAAGCGCACUGCUAAGGGUCGGAUUAUUGGUGGACCUGUGCAGUUGGCUAUCUGUGAACGAUGUGAGGGUAUUCGUCUCAAGGCUCCUGGAAUGUGUUGA